GCCCCUGUCAGGCGGGUCCCUGCCGGGGGAUGCUCCAGCGCGGGGCGGAUCGGCGACUUCCCGGGCUCCUCCCGCUGCCGCGGCGCCUUGGCCACGUCUGAAAGCGGCCCAUUGUCUCCGUGGGGAGCGCGGAUCCUCGCGGUGCCGGGAGGCGGCGGGGAGCUUUUAAAAUUGCUUUUCCUCGGUGAGAAUGGCAAGGAUUCGGAUCUCUAGCACAAUUGUUAUACUUUUUGUUAUGGUUCAGACUGGAUUCUUAGUCUUCAUGUAUGCCCGGUACAGUAGCUUCAUGCUUCAGUCUGAGGAGAAACCGUCUCAAGUCCACAUCCUCAUUCUCUCCUCCUGGCGGUCAGGAUCUUCUUUUGUUGGUCAACUUUUCAGCCAGCACCCCAGUGUCUUCUACCUGAUGGAGCCUGCCUGGCACGUAUGGGUUACGAUGUAUCAGAACAGUGCUAAGGUCUUGCACAUGGCAGUGCGGGACCUAGUCAGGUCGGUCUUUCUGUGUGACAUGUCUGUGUUUGAUGCUUACAUGCCUUGGAAAAGAAACUUAUCUGAUCUUUUCCAGUGGGCAGUGAGUCGAGCUCUAUGUUCAGCUCCUGCUUGUGACUCCUUUCAGCGUACUGACAUAACCAGUGAAAUGGCGUGCAAGACUCUUUGUGGACGGUACCCGUUCACCAAGGUGGAGGAAGCCUGUAAAACGUACAGCCAUGUUGUCAUCAAGGAGGUUCGGUUUUUUGACUUGAAGGUCCUCUACCCACUUCUCAUUGAUCCAUCCCUGAACCUCAAAAUCAUUCACCUGGUCCGUGACCCCAGGGCAGUUGUCAAGUCACGAGAACAAUCAGUCAAAGCAUUAGCCCGUGACAAUGGAAUUGUUCUGAGUACCAAUGGCACUAAAGUGGAAGAUAGCAAAUACAAAGUAAUGCAAGAGAUUUGUAGAAGUCAUGUUCAGAUUUAUGAAACAGCUACUCUAAAACCACCUAGUUUCCUUAAAGAUCGCUAUCUAAUGAUCCGUUUUGAAGAUCUGGUAAGAGAUCCAUUAUCAGAAAUCUCAGAAAUGUAUAAAUUUGCAGAUCUUAGUUUGACCCCCACACUCAAAAGUUGGGUCUAUAACAUCACCCAUGGACAGGGGCCGGGAAGAAAAAAAGAAGCCUUCAAAAUCACGUCUCGAGAUGCAGUUAAUGUUUCCCAGGCCUGGAGAAAUGUUCUUUCAUUCCAGAAAAUUAAGAAAAUACAGGAAGUUUGCAAAGGUGCUAUAAACAUGCUUGGCUAUCAGCUAGUGGAUUCAGAAAAAGAACAAAGAGAUCUGUCACUGGAUUUAGUGUUGCCAAGAAGACAAAACCAAUUCAGCUGGUCAUCAUUUAAUCCAAAGAACUAAGACAUUACUUCGAAAGAUGGGGGUGAGGGGUGGGGAGUAUUUAUCUAUUGUGCAGUACAUAAGUAAUUUGAAAAUCCCUUGCUGAUGAGUUUAAUUAGCUUCCUGUCUGAUGGUUUUCCAAGUAGUGUAAGCAGUUUCUUUUUUUUUUUUUUCCUUCCUGAGUUUCAUACACUACAGAACAGCAACAAAAAACACAUGAGAAACGCAGCAAGGUACUUGUGUGAUUGCGAAUUUACAGCAGAACUGGGCUGUUCUCAUCAUUGUUUUAAAAAUAUAAUUUAAAUACUUUGUAUUAAAGAAGUUUGAUCAUUGAUAA